CUUGGUAGUUGUGAGUGGCCACGUGUGGGGAAGAAGCUGCGGCGCGAAAGUUCACCUCUGUCCUGCACGGAAAGUGAAGUUGGGCUCAGCACUUCAGUGGCUGUCCUCGGAGAAUGCCUGCCCUGAUCCAGCACCCUGGAUACUCUGAGUCGGAGCUCCAGCGUGUUGAGGAGAAGCUGGUGUGCCGGGAAUCCCAGGUGUCCAUGCUGCUUUCGAUAUUCGGGGAGCCCCAGCAGUACAGCUACCCCUCUGUGUUCAUCUAUGGGCAUGCAGCCACUGGGAAGAGCUUGGUCACGCAGACGCUGCUUCGCGAGCUGCAGCUCCCUCACGCGCUGUUGAACUGUGUGGAGUGUUUCACGUCUCGCCUGCUCUUUGAACACAUCCUGAACCAGCUGUACGCUCACAGCCCCUCCCCGGACAACGAGUUCUCCUCUCACACUCGCUGCGAUUCCUUCAAUGACUUCAUCCGGCUCUACAGACAGCUGGCUGACCUACACCAGCAGGACACCACCUACAUUGUGACUGAGGCUGAGGCUCUGAGAGACAUGGAUGCCAAUCUGCUGUCUGGGUUCCUUCGACUGCAGGAGCUGGUAGGAGGGAAUGUGACGGUCAUCUUCCUCAGUGAAAUCGUCUGGGAGAAGUUCCGUCCGAACACCGGCUGCUUUGAGCCCCUGAAGAUCUGCUUCCCGGACUACAGCAAAGCUGAGCUGCAGCAGAUCCUGUCUCUCGAUCAUCACCCUGACUACUCUGCAGACCUGUACGCUUCCUACAUCAACAUCCUGCUGGGUGUCUUCUACUCCGUCUGCCGAGACCUCAAGGAGCUCAGACAUCUGGCUGCACUCAAUUUUACCAAAUUCUGUGAGCCGCUGGUAAAAGGAGAAGCGAAGGAGUGCGACACGCACAAGCUGUGGAGGAACAUUGAGCCUCACCUGAAGAAGGCCAUGCAGACAGUCUACCUGCGGGAGAUCUCCAGUUCACAGUGGGAGGAGAUGCAGCAGAAGGAGGGAGAGCUGCACCUGAAAGGUCUCUCUGCUCAUGCUCAUGUAGAGCUGCCCUAUUACUCCAAGUACCUGCUGAUAGCAGCCUACCUGGCCUCCUUCAACCCUACCCGCGCAGACAAGCGCUUCUUCCUCAAGCACCAUGGGAAGAUAAAGAAGACAAACUUCCUGAAAAAGCAUGAGAAGACCAGUAACCACCUGCUGGGACCGAAGCCCUUCCCCCUGGACCGCCUGCUGGCCAUCUUCUACAGCAUCGUGGACAGCCGAGUGGCUCCGACUGCCAACAUCUUCUCACAGAUCUCCAGCCUCGUGGUCCUGCAGUUGCUAGCUCUGGUUGGACAUGAUGACCAGCUGAACAGCCCAAAGUACAAGUGUGCUGUGUCCUUCGACUUCAUCCGCGCCAUCGCCAGGACAGUCAACUUUGAAAUUGUGAAGUACCUGUAUGACUUCCUGUGAGUUUCGCUGUGAGAAGCGGUGCUCUGGAGAGGAAAUGCUGGACAGAGCUGCACUGGGAGCGAGAGAUCAGAGGAGCAGGGAGAGAGAGAGCAGGUGUGACCCAGCAUGCCUCCCUGAGCUCUGAUUGGUCAGCGAGGAGCCGCAGAGUGGGGUGUAUCACGCAGUGGAGUUGUCAUAACCUGGAUUUUUGGACCACUGUCCAGGAUGACGUCUCUCUCUCUCUUUCUCUGUCUGUUGCCCACAGAGGAGCGCAGAGCUGUAAUGUUUUCUGCACCUGUUAAUAAAGUUACUGUAAAACA